AUGGACGGAUUUGGUGCAGGAGGCAGUAGUAGCCAUGGACGUACGCAAAGUCGAGCUCCUCCCUCCGCUCUCAUACCUAGACAUCUUCGCCCAACCAACGAGUCUUCUUCGCAAGUUAACGAACAAGAUGUAUUAUAUCUUGUUAGUAGAUAUCUCUCUGGAUCUCCAUUCCAGCAAACAUUUGCCACAUUGCUGCGAGAAAUACAACAAUACGAAGAAUCAACCAGAGUCUUGCCUACCAGAGUCGAUUGGACUGGUGCAUCGCACGCUCUUUCUUACGAUGAUUUGAACUCAAGAUUCGGCCAUGUACCACCAAAUCAUCUCCAGCAACUACUCGCCAGACUCUUGGAACGUGAAAAUGAACGCAACCCAAAUCAGCCCAAUAAUAUACACGUUGACAAGGAGAUCUUGGGGUUGGGUGUAGCUGCCAUUACUAGUUCUAAGAAAGAAUCCAGAACUGGAAUGGAUGGUAUACUAGGCAUGAAUCCGGGUCGUGUAUUGAUCAAUCCUGUUAUUGGAAUUGCUCGAACAGAGAUUGGAAUACGAUGGGAUUCACGCAUGCUGAGUGUCUUGAAGAAUAGGUUUAAGAAGUUGAUCUCUGUCAAAGGUCAUUUGGUUGCGGUGUACAGUUGCUUGUUUGAUAGGUCUGGAAAACGAAUAUUCACAGGUGGUGAUGAUCAGCUAGUGAAGGUGUGGUGUGCUGAGACAGGAUGGCUCAUCCACUCUAUACGAGGACAUCGGACUCAGCUAGAAUCUGGCGCUCAAGGUGUCAUUCAAGACAUGGCAGUCAACGAAGACAAUACCAUUCUCGCUACAGCAUCGUCAGAUAUGACUGUCAGGCUAUGGGAUAUGGAUACAUUCCAGCCGCUAGGAACUUUGAAGCCAGCAAAACAUAUAUCCUUGAUUGCAUUUUCUCCAUCAUGCCUGGACGCAAAUAAGUGCUUGAUAAUCGUAUGUCAUGAUUUUCGAGCUCGAGUGUAUAUGUGGGAUGAUGAGAGGCAACGGUACAAACAGGAUGCAAUCGAGAUUGAAUGCGGAACCAGUCUGCGAGAUAAAGUGACUUGUAUCAGUUUCAAUCGGACGGGCACUCAGUUUGUAAUGGGCGCUGAUAAUGGUAAAGUGCACCUUUAUUCACUCUUGCCUCCAGAGUUAGCUGUUCUGUCCAACCAAGAACGCACUCUGGCAGAAGUCACGCCGCACGUCGUCCAGCCAAAGCUUUUAGCCGAGUUGAAUGCUCAUAAAGGUCGUUUGACUGAUGUCUUGUUCAGUCACCGUGGUGAUGCCUUUGUAUCUGGUGGUAAAGACGGUUGUAUACAUAUAUGGUCGUUUAGGAAAGCCAUUAAUGGUUGGGGUAGUGAACCAGUCAACAUACGGGAGAUUGCUAAACAGGAGGAACAGACUCGAAAAGAGUCAGUACGUGCUACUGCCCAAAGGACUGAGACAUUUCCGGCCUUACAAUCUGGAACAUUGGCAAGAAUGUCAGUUCAAUCGGGUGUAUCUACUACAAGACCAACAACCAAUGAUGACAAUACAGAGGGUGUCAGAGUAAUAAAUCUUCUAUUACCAGAUCCAACACCAGCAACUUCAUCAAACAUAGCUGCAGAAUUAGGAAUUAGAACAUUAGCAGAUGAUGCUGGAUUGAGUGAAGGUGAUGCAGCGCAUCUACCUACUGCUCCUACCUCUCCGCCAGAGUCGCGGCACCCUACUCUUCCAGCCAGACCUCCAGCUCAAAAUAUUAGAAAUGAUGAUGAUACUGCUCGUGCAUCGCCAGCACCACCACCCCCAGAUCCGCAAGUCCCUCAUGUCUCAAAAGCUGUGGAAAUCGCUUGUGUCAUGUUCAACCAGACAGAUACUUUUGUCUUGGUCUCGUCCUCUGACAAUGUCUUGAGGGUUGUCGAUGCCAGAUCUGGUGAAAUCACUCAUACGCUUGCGUCUCACACUCGAGAAGUGUUUGCUCUCGAUUGCCAUCCAACAUGCCCUAGCGUUAUGGUCAGUGGGUCAUAUGAUGGCACGUUAAUUCUGUGGGAUAUCAUUCGCGGAACAAUAGUUGCUCGGUUUGAGACAGACGAUGGAAUAACGUGCUGUAAAUUCUCUCCCGAUGGCACAAAACUUGUUGCAUGUGAUACUAUGGGC